AUGUGGCUUGUAGGGCUGAGAUCAUGUGACGUUCUGUUAACCGGCGGCCUCACUGCGGAAUGCCGAAUUGCCGUUGAUGAAGCCUCAAGGCGACUUGGCGUUCAUACAGAGUAA